GAUAUUGUUUAAUUUAAUUAUCGAUUAUUUAAUUAGUUAAGUUUUUAAAAUGUUGACGGGAUGGAGGAAAACGGUUUCUCGAAUGUUUCUAAUACCUCAGAGAUAUGUUUUGGGCAUCAUGGGAUUUUUGGCGGUUGCCAACGCCUACACAAUGAGAAUAUGUUUGUCGGUUGCAAUAAAUGUUAUGGUUGUUCCUAAAGAAGAAAGUAAUACCACACAUCAUGUUGAUGAUGAUCUACAAUGUCCAGCUGAUCCAUCGAGUGGCAGUUCAAACAAAUUGACUGGUAUCUACGACUGGACUAAUACAGAGCAAGGCCUGAUCCUAAGUUCGUUCUUCUGGGGUUACGUAAUAACGCAUUUACCAGGAGGAUUACUGGCAGAAAGAUUUGGUGGAAAAUAUACCCUUGGUUUUGGAAUUUUGGGCACUGCUGUUUUCACACUUCUGACACCAGUUGUGGUAGAAGAAUUUGGUGCCACUGGAUUGAUCGUUAUUCGAGUCAUUGAGGGAUUGGGAGAGGGUACUACUUUCCCAGCCUUGAACUCUCUACUAGCCCAAUGGGCACCACCUUUAGAAAGAUCCAAAUUGGGUUCUUUGGUGUUUGGUGGAGCCCAAUUUGGUACCAUUGUUGGAAAUGCCUUGAGUGGAGUUGUGUUACAUGCCACUGAAGAUUGGAGAAGUGUAUUUUAUCUUUUUGGUGGAUUAGGAACUUUAUGGUUUAUCAUUUGGGUGAUGAUCUGUUACAACGAUCCAGCAUCUCAUCCUUUUAUCACGGAUUCAGAAAAAGAGUAUAUCCAAGAAACUUUAAAAUGCACAUCCAGGGAAACUGAUUUACCACCUACACCAUGGAGAGCAAUUUGGACAUCUGUUCCAUUGUGGGCACUUAUUUGCGCACAGAUUGGACACGAUUGGGGUUUCUUCACGAUGGUAACCGAUCUUCCCAAAUACAUGAACGACAUUUUGAAGUUCAACAUUUCUGAAAAUGGAUUAUAUUCUGCUCUUCCAUAUGUCGUCAUGUGGAUCGUGUCGAUUUUAUCUGCAAUUUGGUGCGAUCAUAUGUUGAAGAAGAAGAUGUUGAGUGUCACCAAUGCUAGGAAAUUAUUCACAACGAUAGCAUCUGUUGGUCCAGCUUGUUUCAUCAUCGGAGCAUCAUUUGCUGGUUGUGAUAAAACUCUUGUGGUUGCCCUGUUCACCAUUGGAAUGGGUUUCAUGGGAACUUUCUACGCCGGUAUGAAAAUCAACGCAUUAGAUUUAAGUCCAAAUUAUGCCGGUACAUUGAUGGCCAUCGUCAAUGGUAUUGGGGCACUUUCCGGAAUUAUCACUCCUUAUCUGAUAGAAGAGUUGACGCCAAAUCACUCUUUGGUAGAAUGGCGAGUUGUCUUCUGGAUCGCCUUCGGAGUCUUCAAUGUGACCAACUUAGUUUAUAUAUUGUUCGCAUCGGCGGAAACCCAAUGGUGGAACGAUCCUCUUAAAAACAAUCCGAAAAUGGACGUUGAAAAAGAACAACAUAAAAUAGAGGAUUUUAAUGCGAAAAAAAUUAGCCAAUAAUAAUUUUAAUCUAGUAAGCAAAAAUUAGGUUCAAAUAAAACGUACUAAGGGUAAAGAGAUCUAGAGUCGGUGAAAAAAGAAGAAAGAAACGAUAAUUUUGAGAUGAGGACUGAAAUUAUUCACCUCAGAUGGGAACAAUAUAGAUUAUAUAAACAAAUUCGUUAGUUUUGAAACAAAACAUAUUUUUAAGCUUUAAACGGAUUUU